AGUACUUUAGUCUGAGCAUAUAAAAGAGGCAAGGUACAUCUCUAGAGGGUUCAGAAAAUUACAAAGACUGGAAGAGAAUCAAAGCAUUGUAAGAACCAUACCGGUUAAGGGCCAACAAACAGGUAUACAGCACUUCCCUUUGUCUAGCACAUGACACAGCACUGAACAUGUGGACUUUGUUACUUGUAGUAUUUGCUACUGGAUCACCAGCUCUACUUCAGGCAGCCCCGGUUCAGGGUUCUAGUGGCAGAUGCAGCUUUGCCGGUGUUUUCCUUGUUGAGGGAACCAGCCGUUACUCUCUAACUUUCCAACAGGCUUUGGAAUUGUGUCAGAGUUUAGGUUACAAACUCGCAACACAGGAACAGGUCAAUGAGGCUUAUAAAAAAGGCUUGAGAACAUGCAGAUACGGCUGGAUAGAUGGACAAAAUGUUAUGUUCCUCCCACACGUUAAUGGUCCAAAUUGUGACUCCAGUUCCACCGAGAUCACCUUCCGUCCCGAAGCAGCAGAUUAUCUUUCUGAUGUCUACUGCUUUAACCCAUCAGAUGCAUCACUGAACUGUGAUGAUAAUGGUAAAUCUAACUCUGAGGGCUUAACCAAUGGAAACACAGCCACAGCAAAUGAAAAAACAGAUGAAGACAUCCUUACGGAGGUCGAAACUGAAGGCUUUCUAGUAGAUUUGGAAGAGAUCAUGGGAAGAGUAAAAAGAGAAACUUCUUUUCUGAAACCCUCAUCUGUGCCUGCCUUGGAGGAACACUCUACAACGACACACAGUGAAGACAGCAAAGGCCCUACAAGCAAGCCCCAUUUUAGGAAGAGCACAUCCUCUGUUACCUCCAGUAUUUUGUUCCCUGAUACAGAGGGCAGUGGAUCAGGAAUGAGUGAGACAGUUUUUGAAGUUCCUAAGCCUAGUCAAUUCACAAUGACGGCAAUUACGUCAGAGGCAGCUGAGGGUACAUCCAUACAAAACAACAAUAAGGAGAAAAUAAAUGAUGCAAAAGGCCGAAAGUUGGAUGCCAGUUCUGUAGACAUAUCGAAUAGCGAAGAAUCCAAUUUACCUCCAUCACCUAUUCAAAAGGAUGAUGGACCAUCUACUUGGCUGAUAAUCUUUGCAUUCUGUGUUGUUGUUGGAGCCAUAGUAUGCAUGCUUGCUGCGAUUGCUACAAGAGACAAGUGGUACGGACCGAGACAGAGCAGAAACAUCUCAACUGAAGUGCACAACAAAGACUACAGUAAAACAGAAACACUGCCACUGUCAGAGAAAGAGCAGGAGGUAGUGGCACUGAAGAGUGUUGCGAAGCUGAAUGGUAAAACGGAUGACAUUACUGCUACCUGUCUGGAUGAGCAUGAGAAAGAGUAUUUAAUGUAAUUUUUUAAAUCCUGCAUACUGUGUAUUAACAGGUUUGAACUCUUCUGUACUUUUUAUUUGCACUAGUGAUGGUUUUUUUCUGCUCAGAGUCGCUUCCAUUUUGGCUUCCA